AUGCUGCCAACGGUGGUGAUGGGGCUAGCGCUAUUGGCGCUCAUCAUAGUGUUGCCUUACUAUCUGAUGUUUAUGUCUGGAAGGGCUCGACUAGUGUCGUCUAUUCCUGGACCCAUACCUCUCCCUUUCAUUGGGAAUGCACUGGAAUUUGGGAUGAACGGCGUAGAUCUUCUAAGAAUUAUGAUCUCCCUUCGCCACAAAUUUGGUUCCAUUGUUCGUUGCUGGCUUGGACCGUACUUAGUUGUGUCUAUUACUGAUCCACGACAUGCUGAGAUCUUUUUAACGUCUAAAACCAAUAUUAAAAAAAGUAUGCAGUACAGAUUUCUAGAAGAUAUGGGUGGUAAAGGACUUGUUACAUCUUCCGGCAACAAAUGGAGAUCUGACAGAAAAUUAUUAAACCCAGCGUUCCACUUUUCAAUUCUGAAAGAUUUCCUGAGUGUAUUUAAUUCGCAAGCAAGUGUUUUAACACAAAAAUUGGAGAAAGAAGUUGGUGGAUCUGAGUUUGAUAUAUAUAGAUAUUUAACGCUUUGUACCCUGGAUAUUUCAUGUGAAACUUCUAUGGGAGUAAGAAUGAAUAUUCAAGACUACAAAAAUAACGAAUAUCUUGAAGCUGUAUCAAGCGUGGAAGCCUGUGUUAUACAAAGAUGUUUACGGCCUUGGCUCUACCCAGAUUUUAUAUUCAAUUUAACUGAAUUAGGAAAACGGCAAAAGACAUAUUUAAAAAUAUUACAUGACACUUCGGAGAAGAUAAUACAAAGAAAGAAGAGAGAGGUUCUUGUCAAGGAGAAUGAAAGUGAAAACGUUGAACAUGAAAAUGAAAGAGAAUACAAAAAAAGAUCUGCGUUUCUAGAUUUGCUACUGCAACAUGAAAGAAAUGGAUAUUUAACUGAUGUAGACAUUCAGGAUCAAGUUGGCACGUUUUUGCUAGCGGUGGGUAUUGUUUUCUGUCUUGCUGAUGGCUUAUGUGUCGUUGCUAAUGCACAAGAGAGAGAGACGAGGGAGGAAGAGAAGAGACGAGGGAAGGAGAAAAAGGAGAAGAGACAGAGAAAAGAGAAGAAAGAAGAAGAGGAGGAGACGAGAUGA